GGGAGGUGCUCCCUCGGCUUCGACUAUCUGGGAUGGUCUGGCUCCGAACGAGGAAGCCCGGCAGCGGGGUUAGCCCUAGUUUUGUGUCGGAGCAACAGAUUCGGCAGCUGCAACGGAAGCUGCGAGCAAAAGAAGAAAGGAUAAUUGUGCUGGAAACAGAAAAUGCUCUUCUGCACCUCAAGCUUGCAAAGCAGAAUCAAAGAAUAAUUAGGAAGAGCUCAGCAGAACAUAAUUUUGCCUAUUAUAAUAAUACGAAGAAAUUUCAUGGAACUGCAAAAUCCAUUGUAAUCCAGCUUUACAGAGCCAUGCAGAGACUAAAGCAAGACAUGCAGAGUCUUCGUUUGUCUGCCCUUCAAUUUUCAAGGGAUAUCCAAUAUCAGGGUGAGAGUUUUCUCCAUCAGGUUCUACUCACUGUCCAAGAGCUACAACUACAGAAGGAGACUAUGGAAACAUUUCAGAUUAAAACACUGGAACUUGAACAAUCCUUGCAUGAAAUUAAUGAGAGAUAUAUGAAAGAAAAACAAAGAAGAAAAGUAUUACACAAUAAUCUACUUGAGCUAAGAGGCAACAUCAGAGUGCAUUGCAGAAUCCGUCCAUUCUUACCAUUAGAUGCAGCUCCUGAGGAAUCAGCCAUGGAAGACAGGCAGAGAAGCGUUUCAGAAAAUGUGAUCUGUGCAACAGAUGACGAAACCAUCUUAGUAAAGUGCAGCCGUCCUGGUCACGCUUUGAUAAACAAGACAUACCAGUUUGAAAGAGUUUAUAACACUUCUGAUUCACAAGUGACAGUAUUUGCAGAUAUUUUUCCUUUGCUAACUGCUUUGCUGGAUGGGUCCAAUGUGUGUAUUAUGGCUUAUGGGCAGACUGGUAGUGGGAAAACAUACACAAUGUUGGGCCCACAGCUUGAAAACAGUUUCCGUUUCUCGGUGGAAGGUGAGACAGAAUUAGGAAUCAUUGCUAGAGCCAGCAAAGAAGUAUUCAGGCUUCUUUCAGAAAAGUCACCAGGAAGCCAUUUGGUUGAGGUUUCUGUUGUAGAAGUGUAUAAUAAUGAAGUUUUUGAUCUUCUGGCCAAAGACAACUCUGGAAGGCUGAAUGGUAUCAAAAGGGAUAUAAUGACAAAUAAAGAAGGAAAGAAUGAUAUUCCACUUCUUACCAAUGAACCUGUUGAAGAUGUUGUGGAAUUCUUGGAGCUUGUUACCCGGGGGCUACAGCUGAGGACCAAACACUCAACCCUUGUACACACUGAUUCAUCUCGUUCACACCUUGUGAUAACUUUGACAAUAACCAUCAAGGGUACCACAGAGGAUGAUUUUGCUGCUCCCUGGACAGGUGACCAUUCUAAUCAAAAGCUGGGCAAAGAACAUUUCUUCACUUCUGCUUGCUCUUCUAGAGCUUGUUCACCAGCACAGCUUUCCAGGGAAUCUGUGGAGAGACGGAAGGAAAUGAGAACAAAACUUCAACUGGUGGAUUUAGCUGGCAGCGAAAGUGUUGGUAUGUCUGGUGUAACUGGGUCACUGUUGAGAGAGACCUCCUUCAUUAAUCGCAGCUUGUCUGCUCUAGCAGAUGUACUUGGAGCCCUAUCAGAACAGAACUCUCACAUUCCAUAUCGAAAUAGCAAACUUACAUAUUUGCUACAGGAUGCCAUAGGUGGUGAUGCAAAGUUGCUGGUGAUAUUGUGUGUCUCUCCAAGCCAGAAGUACAUAACAGAGUCACUUCAAACCCUAGGAUUUGGAUCCCGUGCUCGGAAGGUUCAGAGAGGACAUGCCAAGAAAAGAAAUGAACUGGCACUGAACAAAUCCAAAUAAGGCAUAAGCCAUCUAUGGAUUAAAACUUUAUUAAUGAGUUCCUCAGAUUGAAAAAUAAUCUUGUUAUAAAUAUAUAUAUAAAUUGCCUUUUAAAAUAAGUACUCUUUAAUGCAGUACUGGCAAGACAUAAACAUGCUAAGCAAUAUUAGUUGCAAAAAUAAUUGGUGAUAUUAACCAAAAAAACCCCUCAUAUAAUAAUGUUUUUAGGAAGAACAGGAAGAUACUAAUAUUUAUAUGAGAAAGUCUUUUGACAGAGAAUGUCUACAAUAUAGAUCAAGAUGGGCAGCUAGAGUGUCUACAACCUAUGGACUUCAACUUCCAGAAUUCUGGGAGCUGAAGUCCACAGUUCAUAAAGAUACCAUAGUUGCCAACCCCUAAUCUAAAUGGGAGUUAUGCAAUUAAUUCAAUGGCAGUUGGCUCAAUCUCUGAUGAAUACAUGGAGAAAGUGUCACUAUCCCAACUUUUUCCAGUACCUACCCAUAACUUUCUAAUUCAUCAUCUUUCAGAACAUUUCCCCAAAGUCUUACAGUGUAACUAUAAUUGAGCAACUGGAAUGUCCUGAAUAUUGACAUUGCUAUGGUUUGUUGGAAAAAAAUAUACUGUUUAUUUUUUCUUACAUAUGUAAAGCAGGCAUUCCCCAAGUUUAUG